AGCAUUACAACUGCAGACACAAUUUGUGUGAUCGUUACAGUCUAUCAUGUUGGCUGAGGAGUUGCCCCGCGAAUAAUUAGUGUUAAAUACUUCGGUUAAUUUGGAAAAGUGCGAUUUUUUCUGUUUUGAUAUUUUCCCCGCUGCUGCGCGUUGAAAUAGUCGGAGCCUUGAGGUCGCUCCGUGUUUUCAAAGCCAGAAAUAGUCGCUGUCAGGACUACUGUUUUGUUGAUGUCAUCUGCGGCAGAGCCGAAGCGACCUUCAAUUUCUAGGCAAUUAUACCGGGAUAAACAAAGACGCGUUUUGGGUGUUUUUUCCGUCUUUGUUUUGUUUUCUUUGCCGGUGACACUAGCAACGAGGAUGGGACUGUUGCUGCCCUGCAUCCUGCUGUUAUCUGUUUCCACUUUCACAGCCACCGGUUUAGAUUUUCAGCAGGGAUCCAAACACCUCGGACAGUCGGUUUUUGUGAGGCAUUCAUACAUUGAAGAGAAAGCUGCGAAAAUCGAGAGGUCUCUGCCUGCAUGGCUGGCUGCAUCACCGAAUCACAAGAUAAAACGGAGAAGCACCGAGCAGGGCGACUCCUGCAAAGCUCUUCAAGAAUAUGACACCAAGUUAGCAGACAACACCCACAGUUAUACCUUCAAUGACCUGAGCGGGUCAGUGUCACUGGCCUGGGUUGGAGAUGGCACAGGGGUCAUCCUGGCUUUGACGACUUUUCAGGUGCCCUUCUUCAUGAUAAGACUUGGGCAGUCCAAACUCUAUCGAAGUGAGAACUACGGGAAGUCAUUCCAGGAUGUGACCAACCUCAUCAACAACACCUUCAUCAGAUCAGAGUUUGGCAUCGCUAUCGGCCCCGAGAACUCUGGGAAAGUGAUCCUGACAGGAGAAGUGUCUGGAGGUCAUAGGUUUCGGAUCUUUGUCUCCGAUGACUUUGGAAAGAGUUUCACCCACCGGGACCUACCCUUCGCCCCUCUGAUGCAGAUCACAUACAACCCAGACAAUUCCAAUGUGCUGCUGGUCCUCAGCAACAAUAACGAACUGUGGCUGUCUGAAGAUUUUGGCAGCAACUGGAAAAAGAUCCACGACAUGGUGUGUCUGGUGAAAUGGGGAAUGAAAAAUACCAUCUUCUUAACGUCCAGCCUCAACGGAUCCUGCAGUGAUAGGGGAAUGUUGGAACUGAAGAGGACAUCAGACUUUGGCAAAACCAUCAAGACUGUCGCCACUAAGAUCUAUUCCUUCGGCCUGGGUGGACGCUUCCUCUUUGCCUCUGUAAUGACAGGCAAGGGCACUCUGAGGAUGAUCCAUGUGUCUGUGGACCUGGGCGAGACGUGGAACAUGGCCCAGCUGCCACCUGUUGGUCACGAGCAGUUCUACUCCAUCCUGGCAGCGAAUGAUGACAUGGUGUUCAUGCAUGUCGACGAGCCAGGAGAUACAGGAUUUGGUACCAUUUAUGUGUCAGAUGACCGGGGCACUGUGUACUCCAAGUCAUUGGAGCGCCACCUUUAUACCACCACGGGGGGCGAUACUGACUUCACUAAUGUCACCUCCCUGCGAGGAGUUUUCAUCACCAGUGUCCUGGCAGAAGAUACGUCCGUGCAGUCUGUGGUGUCCUUUGAUCAGGGAGGGGAAUGGGUUCCACUGCGGAAACCUGCCAACAGCAAGUGUGAUGCUACAGCCAAAGACCCAGACAAGUGCAGUCUCCACAUCCACGCAGCCUACAGUGUUGCUAUGAAGCUGAACGUCCCCAUGCUGCCACUGACUGAACCAAACGCUGUGGGUCUCAUCUUAACUCACGGGAGUGUUGGUGAUGCCAUCUCAGUGAUGAAGCCUGAUGUGUAUGUGUCUGAUGAUGGGGGGUACACCUGGAUAAAGGCCCUCGAUGGGCCCCAUCACUAUGCUAUUCUGGACUCUGGUGGGCUGCUGGUUGCUGUGGAGAACAGCCCCACUCAACCAAUCAACAAGAUCAAAUUUUCUACUGAUGAAGGACAGUGCUGGGGUGUGUACACCUUCAACAAAGACCCCAUCUACUUUACUGGGCUGGCAUCAGAGCCAGGAGCUCGCUCCAUGAAUGUCAGUAUCUGGGGCUACAGAAACUCCCUCCUCAGCCAGUACUGGAUCUCCAUCACCAUUGACUUCAGGGAUCUUCUCACCAGAGACUGUGAGGACAAGGACUAUGUGCAGUGGUUGGCCCACUCUGAUGACAUCAGUGACCCCAAUGAUGGUUGCAUGCUGGGCUACAAAGAGAAGUUCCUGCGUCUCAGGAAGGACUCUGUUUGCUGGAAUGGACGAGAUUACCAGGUCAACACGCAGCCAACACCGUGUCCGUGCACCCUGGAUGACUUCCUGUGUGACUUUGGAUACUACCGUCAAGAGAACAGCUCAGAGUGUGUGGAGCAGCCGGACCUGAAAGGCAAGGUGCUGGAGUUCUGUCUGCAAGGCAAAGAGGAGCAACUGCAGACUAGUGGCUACAGGAAAAUCCCUGGAGAUAAAUGUGAGGGAGGAGAGAUGCCUGAGCGAAAAGAGAUCGACCUCAGGAAGAGGUGUGUGAGUGACCUGGUGGGCCCAGAACUUCUGAUAGACAGUAGCCCCUCCAAGUCAGUACCCAUCGUGAUAACAGUCAUCGUCGUCAUGCUGCUAAGCAUCGCAGCAGGAGUUGUCUUCGUCAAGAAAUAUGUCUGUGGUGGCAGGUUCUUGGUUCACAGGUACUCGGUGCUGCAGCAGCAUGUUGAGGACAAUGCUGUUGAGGGGAUGGAUGAGCCGCUGGAGACCAACCACACUCAAAAUGGAAAGAUAGAGUUUCACGACGACUCAGAUGAGGACCUUCUUGAAUAGCAGGCACAACUUGUCGUGCAACUGAGCAACAGCUUUCCAGUCUACCCCGCGGCCGGCCGCUGUUCCUGUCACUCUUCUUUGUCUCCAGCUACUUCUUCCUUUCACCUUCUUGUAUGAACAUUGACCUCAGCUACCAGACGAAGUGUGUCUAUGUCACUCUGCUGUCAUCUAUGAAGUAUAAUGAAUGUACGGAGGCCUCCUGGGACUAAUGUCGCAGUUGAGGAGAACUAUGAAGGAGGUCUUGUAGUGUUGUGCUUCAGUUAUUGAUUCUGUUGAUUGAGUUUGAAUCUCUAAGUUAUUAAUUUUAGGGAAAGAACUGAUGUAGUCAUUUGAACUGCUGACAAAGUCAGAGUAGUGGGUUUUGAAGCAAAGCUAGUUGUAUAAAUCCACCACCAUUGCAUUACGGGUUCUGCCUCUCCCAUCACCUGGGAGUGCUCCUGGAAAUACUUCUCACUUCUGUUGAAGAUCUGUGUCCUUUUUCUCAUGCACUUGUACAUAAACCUGUUUUUCUUAGCCAUUUUUGAUGUGUAUCAUCAUAUUUGGUAAGUGUAAAAAAAGGUUGCCGUUGGUAGUUGGUUAAUAACUCUCCCAAACCACUUGAGUCUUAAUCCCUACUUUUAAUAAAGUAUUUGUUGGUCAAAAAAGUGUGCCCCGGACGGCCAAGAGUAUGUAAAUGUUAGGUUUUUAGCCUCUUCUUCUCUGGGCACUGAUUUGUGAAAUCCCCUGUUGUAGUCUGUAUUUGGAAUACAAGCCUGCAUACUUUUGGUACUCCAUUGGCAUUGAGAUCCAUGGUUCAAGUAAUAAGAUGCAAGUGGAAAUUUCCAUUAGCAUUAGGUUUGAUAGCAAUAACAUGUUUAAAUUCAGUAUAUUGUCCAUACAUGUUAAAUAAUCCUAUUGGCACAAUAUCUAUCCAGUUGCUCCGUUUGAUGAAUGGAGAUGUCAUCGUGUGAAACACAUCACGCAUCAAUGUAUAGGGUGAUAAAAGUGUGUCUGUUUCAAGACAGGAUUUGUUCAAAAAUUAAUGUCUGCAGUUUUAUCUGCCUAAAGCACAAGGUCCUUUGUAUGCUUAGAAUUUGUAGUUAAUGAUUGUAAUGACUGUAAUAAUCACUGUAGUCAUAUACAAGUUGUGUUUAUAAUCAUUUGAGCAAUUUUUGUACUAACAAACUUUUGAACUUAUGUAACAAAUGACGUAUUGUGGUUCAGAAAUGACAGAAAUAAUUCUAGUUUGAUAGUAAAUAUCUACAGAUAUUUUUUACAUCAGAUUCAGAUAACUGAAUACAUCAAUAUAAUUUGGCGAGAGCAGAGGAGCAAUGUGAAAAAAACAAUUCAACUGUGUAAAUGUUGUAUAGCAUAACUAGAUGAGGUAAAAGACAUGGUUGUAUAAGUUGCUUUUUUUUAAUUUGUAUUUGCAUCUGAGGUGGAGCAAAUUCUCUAAAAUCACAGGGUUAUUGAAAGUUUCUCAUUGGUGUCUUUCACCGUGAACUGCUGUUUUCUUUGUAAUCAUCCUGAUACUACUGUCAUUUUGAAUCUAAACUGGAUUGGCCCGUGCCUCUCAACAGAUCUGUCUCAUCUAUCUCGUCCAGUCUUACAGGGUUUUUCUUUUAAACAUUUGUUGCACAAUUAUUUGUCUUGUCUUGUGUUAAAUACAUUGCUUUCAUACAGGUUUUUAUUUAUUUGUGACUAGCAUGUUCAGAGUGCAGUAAAUUGGAUGUGGUUAUACAAGUGCCUGGUGCGAGGCCCUUACAGUGUGUGGCCAGCGUCUAUUUACUGAGAAUUAUUUAUAUACUAAUGUGUAACAAGUUUCAUCCAGUAUGUCAGUGACACCCCUAAGUUGCACUUGUUGCCUAAGAUGAAUCCUUGAGCAGUAAAGGGAUUGUCUGUUUCAUACACACUCCCAUUGAACUGCAUGCUAACUUUCAAUAUUUAAAUCUACAGAGCUUUGUAAAGAAUAUAGCCUACAGUAACCUGGUUAUUCUCUCUUUCAUGUCUUGGCAUGAGACUAAAUUCUGACUGGCUGUGAUACUUUGACUAGAGAGUCAACUCAAAUAAAAAAAAACUGAGUGGGUUAUUAUAUAGCUGCUUUACACUGGGAGACACUUGGUGAGUUCUUAUUUAAUUAUGGUUUAUUGCAUUAAGUGAAGGUGACACAUUUUUCUUGAUUAAAAACUGCUGUAAAAAUUUAAUAAGUCAUUGUGAUGGUUCUGUAAAUAUACAAGGUUACAUCUUUGUAUCUGCUGUUUCUCUCCUGUAUAUUUGAGGCAAUUUAAUUUGGGUUUGUCAAUAAAUUCCUAUGUUCCUCUUA